ACAGUGACAGUGAAAAUUUUCAAUUUGAUGUAAUUGAUGAACAAUAUCCAGUACAGGUAAUGUUACAAUUAAUGGAAUUUGAGCAAAUAAGUAUAAGUGGUGAAUGUGCUAGUCAUACUUGCCGACAAGGAGGGCACAAUUCAACCUGGUUGGGUUGAAAGCAUAGACGGAUUUUCAUAUUUUGCUCUGGGUGGGUGCCAAACAUUUAGGGGGGAGGUGAGUGACGGGGCACACAGUGCUGCCGAACAAGCUGCAGCAGGGGCCUGGGGCACAGUUACUAGUGGGGGUAAGGGGGCAAAGCCCCCAGGAAAUUUUGAGUCUUAUGUACAUAGUUCAAAAUCUUUAUUUUAAUCACACUAUACUGUCAUUUAUCCCAAUGAGCAUUUAAUUUUUUUUGGGGGGAGAUGGUGCAAAUUUCUCUAGGUAGGGUGGAAAAACUUUUUUGGGGGGUGCAAAAUAUUUUGGGGGGUGCACACCCCAUGGUCGGAAGUGCCUUAUGCCCAGGCUUUGGUGGUUCAAAUCUUCAGAGCAAUGCUUUUCUUUUCUAAGAUUGUGGAUUUGACUCCUCACUCCUGCUGCGUACUCAUCACACUUAUGUGAAAAGAGUUUAGUAAAGGAUCCAUGAUCAGCCAUUAAAUAAUGGAUCUUGGAAUUGCGGGGGGGGGGACUGCCAGUAUCAACCAUACUGCACUUUGUCCCAUUUUAUUUGAUUGCAGGGAGAAAGACAUUCACCAUUUACUUUAGAUGAUGAUGGUCAACUCUCUGCUGAUAUCCCACGUAAUAAUAGGUAAUUAUGCUUAUUCACAUAUUAUCCCACAGGUCUGCACAUUUUCAAUAGGAAAAUAACUUUUUGCUUUAUUGUUUCUUAUAAUCGUGUUAUUAUAGGUCUCCUAAAUCGAUUCUUUCGCGACAAGGAAGUACUGACCACAGCCGUUUUGAACAAAUUUUGGUAACAAACUAAUGCUAAUAUUUUAUUUAGAAUAUUUUAACUAUUUAUUAGACAAUUUAUAGAACUGUGUAUUACUGUUGGUUUCUCAGUAAGCAUUUCAGGACAUAUAUCAAAUGGUGCCGUCAGGGUCGCCGAAAGGUUGGCGGGGGCCCGGGGCAAAUUUUUUUUUAGGGGCCCCUAUCUAAAAAUUUUUUUCCAGAGAACAACCUCCCCCCUCCAUCCCCCCCCCCGUCGCCAAAAAAUUUUCGGUCAGUGUACCAUUUUAGGGGUCAAAAAUUUUUUCCAGAGUACAAAAUUUUUCCGGACGAGUACGUUGCAAUUGCUUUCGAGGGACUUUAUCUCAUUUUUUCAUGCCAAAAUUCGGUACUUAGCCCAAAAAAACAGAUCUCUUGUCCUUUGCGCGGAAAUAUUAUUUAACACACAAAAAAGGCUGGGGCCCAACAAAAAUUUUUCAGGGGCCCCCAGCAACUUGGGGCCCGGGGCAAUUUGCCCCCCUGCCCCCCCCCCCUCUCUGCGGCCCUGGGUGCCGUCAAUUUCAGAAAUGUUGACUGUCGAAACAUAUAGUAAGAUUCAACAAGCAAAUUUAAACAAAAUCUUUUUCUGUUAUAAAUAUGGAUGAAUGUUCAUUAUUUAAUAGUCCCAUCCGAUUUUUUUUUGCACAUUGUUUGGAAAGAUGAUGUGCAGUUUUCACUGUUUGGUCCAUGCAGAAUGGUGUGCACAUUGCACAUGCACUGUUAAUUUGAACCCGGCCUGCAUAUAAUGAAAGUAAUUGACAAUAUUUUCUCACUAUGAUAACAGCCAGUUGACCAACAUUUAUGCUGAUAGUGACACCACCUAUUUUAAGUUAUCUCCAUAUAAAAUUUUAGAGAGGAACAAAGAAUUAUGAUAAAAUAUCAGACAUACCAUAUCAUGUUCGAGAGGAGGUGAAAGACUCCCUUAAUACAAUAAAAGAAAGCCGAAAUGACUGGCGUGGUGUGGCUUCAAGGAUGGGUGUAGAAUCAUUAACCAUAGAAAAAAUUAAAAAAGAUUUUAAAGAAGAUCCAACUCACAAGGUUUUCGAAGAGCUCUCCAACCACAAAAUCACGAAACUUCUUCAAGUUUUAUAUGAAAUGGAAUGUCAUGAUGUGUUAAACAUUUUCUAUGAUAAUUUUUGUAUUAACAUAUCAGGUAGUUUGUUGUUAUGUAAAAACUUUCCAAAACCUCUGACUCUAAUAAGGACAUCUCUUUAGCAUGAACACCACUCUUACAAGACUAUUAUAAUUAAUAUCUUUUUGUGCCUGCGAGCAAAAUUCAAAAUGUGCCUGCAAAUUGCAUCUUAUUUAAAUUAUGUGACCUAAAUAGGUAACUUAAAAAGUCAGAAUCUUAAAAUGUGCUGACCUGCGAAAAUUCAAAAGGUGGCUGUGAGUGGCGCUCCCAUGCUUGUGCAUUUUAAUGAUACAUGCUUUCUAAUACAUCUCUCCAAUAUAGACAUCUUUCCGAUACAGACACCUCUCUAAUAAAGACAGAUAUCUUUCUAAUACAUACAUCUCUCCAAUACAGACAUUCUUCUAAAUAAAUACAGACAUCUUUCUAAUACACAUGCUCAUCUCUCUAAUACAGGCAUCUCUCGAAUACAGACACCUUUCUAAUAUAGACAUCUUUCUAAUAUGAGAUCUCGAAUCCGACAUUUCUCUAAUAUAUAGACAUCUCCCCAAUACGAGCACCUUUUUAAUAUGGAUACUUUGCUUUGUUUCUUCUGUGUUUGUAUUAAAGAGGUUCAACUGUAGGUUAUGACGAAACUUUCAGCAUGCAUUAUAGUCAUCUGCUAGGUUAUACUUACUGCCCCAGGUUAAUAAUUAUAGGAACAAGCAAAUUGACUGCAUUUCUCAAUUUCAUUUAUCAUCAAAUACAAGAUUAUAUACAUUCUAUAACAAAACAAAUUAACAGUAUUUCAACACUAUGUUGUGUGCUAGUGCUGAAAUUCACCUCAAAAUUUAUAAACUGUUAAGGAUGGGUUAUUUUUGUAUUUGUAGAUACUGGAGCAGGUGUAGGCAUAAAUAGAGAAAAAUAUCAAGUCUCAAAAUCCCACAGCCACGAACCAACUCCUGAUAGUGGUAUUUCAUCUGCUGUUAGCUGGUAUUGAAGAUUUCUGGAUUUAUUUUUAGUGAUCCAUAAGGAAUUUAGCUAACCAUGCCUAUAGGCAUAUAGUAAUUGAUUAUUGUUGCUCUCUAUGAAACACACUGAAAAUUGAAUGACUUAUUUUACGUUUUCUACAGUGAAUUCAAUACGAGUCCCUUCAAUACACAGAAAGGUAAUAUACAAUCAUUGUUUAAGUUAUUCUAAAAUUGCAUGGACAGUCCAUGUAUAUAUAUUUAGCCAUUAAUCGUAACUUUUCUACUCAGAUCCUGGGAUGCCCGAAAAUGUAGAGGUAAGGAGCUCGUAUAUGAAAUAAUUAGGCUUUAUAGUUUUUAGCAAAAAUUAAAUAAUGCCUGCUUAGUUUUAGACGACCGGCCAACUCUCUGAAAAUUGCACUCCGAUUGCAUUUUUUGUUACAAGCUGCCAACUGAGAAAUUUAUUGUAGUUUAAACAUUGGUGAACAAGACUAUAUAUGAUGGCACCUCUGAUUUUGGCUGUAUACAAUUAUAGACAAAAAUUUGAGAAUUUUAUAAUUUUGCCUGAUAAAUUUCUAUAUGUUGACUAAAAAUGCAAAAUUUCUAGUUUACUUUUAACAAAAAUAAUCUGUACCAUUAGAAAGUUUGCAGAAAAGUAUAUACAUAUUAUAAUGAUUGACCGAUAAUCGGCAUCAGGCCGAUUUUUGCUUAUCAGUAGACAAUCGGAGUCGGUAGAAUUAUCUGUAUUUCCGAUUGUGUAAAACCGAUUGUUGAGAAAAUACACUAUAUAAAAAUUAUAUGCAUUGCACGUUGAUCACGUUGCGCUUUAACGGCAUAUGUUAAAUUAAUGCGUAAAGCGUGUAAAUUUUGUAAUGGUUUUAACGAUCUUUGGUUGCAGUAACAUGUUAAGUUGGAAAUUAUCGUUAAAAAAUCGACAUGAAAUAACGUUACCUUCACUCGGUCGACCGAUAUUAUGACGUCAUAAAAUCGGUAUCGGGUUAGAUUUGUCCGAUUGUUGCACAAUCGGUCAAUCACCAAUAUAUUAUAAGACAGUUAAGCAUGUAUUGCGAAUUUUUAAGCCGGUUUAGAGUUGAAGGAGCUUAAAGUUGGAAAAAUAGGAACUAUACAGAUUACAGUAUUAACGUAUAAAUCAGUGCAUUUUCUUCAUUUUUGAGCGUUAAAAAGUAAAAACUUGAAAUCAGCAAAGAAAAUCAUUUUCUCGAUCGCUUAAAUGUCUUAUACAUACUUUGUUGCAAACUUUCUAAUGGUACAGUUUAUAUAUGUUUGUUAAAAGUGAACUUGAAAUUUUGCAUUUUUGUCAACGUAGUACUUUAAUAGUCAAAAUUCUCAAAUCAUAGUUGCCAACAUAUAUAGUCUUGUUCAUUAAUGUCUAUACUCUAUGAGAAUGUCAGUUGGCAAAUUGUAAAUUUUCAGAUUUUGGCCAGCCGUUUAUUCGGUCUUAAUUUUCUUACCUAGCUUACCUACAUACCUCACUAUCUACCUCACCUACUUCUAUCUAUACCAAUUAUGACUGGGAAAGUUUUCUUUUCAUUUUUUAGAGUACGACUGCCUCACAAUCACCACACUCCAGGUAAUUUCUUUUUCAUAUUUUAUAUAUAUAUAUAUAUAUAUUAGCGACAAUUACAUAUACUAAAUUAGCAUUUUACUUUAUCUUUUAGACCUAAGGCUGGUUUUGGGGCUAAACAGAACACAGACGAGGAUUUUGGUUAGCAAUUUAUGCACUUAUGAUUAAUAUGAUAAUUUAACAUUCAAUCUAUCUGUUUCAAUUACUACUUAUGCAUAUAAAACAGUAUAGAAAAAGCGCGACUCAUUUUUAGAAUACCAGGUAUUGACAAUUUAAUUAAUAUGCACACUGUUGCACUGGAAAAAAAAGUGAAAUCCAUACUACUAAAUUUGCACCACUAAAUCCAUAGUAUAUGCAUCCUAUUUCCAUACUAUAUCCACACUAUGGAAAUAUACAAUUAUUAUGGAUAACCAAAAUCCAUUCUAUUUCCAAUAAAGGUCCAUACAAUUUCCACUCUAUAACCUUCUAUGGAUUUUCAAACUUUUUUCCAGUGUUGUUGAAUUUACCUAGACUAUUUCCAAUUCUGACAAAAUAGUAAAAUCGAGACAAAAUUAUUAACUUGAAGGGGACAUUUCAACACAUCUCAAAAUCAUUUUGAUUUUAAUGUGAAGACAGAAGAAUAGACAGUAUAUUUGUACAUGAAUAUAUAUAUAUAUAUAUACAUUAGUGUACACAUAAAAUAUAUACAUCUACUUUAUUGUACAUACUCUAUAUAUGCCAAACUUGGAAUGAUUAGUAGAUAACCAACUUUUACCAUUUCUUUAGUCUCGGAUGAAAUUUUUGAUGGAUUUAUUUGUUAUGCGAAAGAAGACAGACGCUUUGCGUAUGAGAUACUCGCGCGUUUGGAAGCUCCUCCGUAUUGUCGUAAAAUUUGUAUCGACUUCCGUGACUGCGUACCAGGAGAUUGUCGAUUGGAUCAAACAGUCAAAAUAAUAGAACAUCGAUGUAAACAUAUGGUUGUUAUUUUGUCACCAAAUUUUACAAGUUCUUCAAAUACUGGUUUCCAAGUCAGGAUCGCGUUGAAUUUAUCUCCAGGCAAGUCUGACGUACAGCAUUAA